AUGGACCACAGAACCACCAGAGACAUGGACCACAGAACCAGCAGAGACACGGACCACAGAACCAUUACGGACCACAGAACCACCAGAGACAUGGACCACAGAACCAUCAGAGACACGGACCACAGAACCAUUACGGACCACAGAACCAUCAGAGACACGGACCACAGAACCAUUACGGACCACAGAACCACCAGAGACAUGGACCACAGAACCAUCAGAGACACGGACCACAGAACCAUUACGGACCACAGAACCUCCAGAGACAUGGACCACAGAACCACCAGAGACAUGGACCACAGAACCAUCAGAGACACGGACCACAGAACCAUUACGGACCACAGAACCUCCAGAGACAUGGACCACAGAACCACCAGAGACAUGGACCACAGAACCAGCAGAGACACGGACCACAGAACCAUCAGAGACCACAGAACCAUCAGAGACACGGACCACAGAACCAUCACGGACCACAGAACCACCAGAGACACGGACCACAGAACCAUCAGAGACACGGACUACAGAACUACCAGAGACAUGGACCACAGAACCAUCAGAGACACGAACCACAGAACCAUUACGGACCACAGAACCACCAGAGACAUGGACCACAGAACCACCAGAGACAUGGACCACAGAACCACCAGAGACAUGGACCACAGAACCAGCAGAGACACGGACCACAGAACCAUCAGAGACCACAGAACCAUCAGAGACACGGACCACAGAACCAUCACGGACCACAGAACCACCAGAGACACGGACCACAGAACCACCAGAGACACGGACCACAGAACCACCAGAGACACGGACCACAGAACCAUCAGAGACACGGACCACAGAACCACCAGAGACACGGACCACAGAACCAUCACGGACCAUAGAACCAUCAGAGACACGGACCACAGAACCAUCAAAGACAAAGACCACAGACCCGUCAGAGAAAGAUCCCUGUAG